GGGGGAGGGGGGGGGGGGGGUUUGUUAUGUUUUUCUGUUCUGCCAGCGAUUGUUCCACUCCAUUCUCUUGUCUUUUCUUCUCAUUUGUGUAGUUUACCCCACCUGGCUUUUUUUGUGUAGUUUACCCCCUCCCCCUUCUUCCACUUUCUCCUUCUAUUUUCACCUAUUCCUCCAACCUUUUCCUCUUCAUGCUUCAAUCAAAAAUUUUUGGCCGUUCCUUUUAUGGCAAUUCCUUCAAGUUUCCUUCCUCCUUUUCUUCCUCAUCUUGUUUUGUUCCUCCCAAAUUAAAAAAUAAUUUUUACUCACCCAAAAUGUAUUUUUUUAUUUUCAUUUUCGUCUAA